CAUGGAGCUUUUCAUUUUCUACAAAGGUUUUCUCGAGACAGCAUCAGUUAGAUUUGAGACAAGGAAAAACACACUUUGAUUAAGGUUUGGGGAUUUCUCAAAGACAAAGAACAGAAGUCGAUCUCAUAUUUUGCACAGUCCAAAUUAUCAUACUAAAGCUAAAGAAGAUAAACGGUGUUGAUGUUUUAACUCAUUGCUGAUUAGUUUCUAGCUGCUACAAAUCUUUCAUUCUGAGAAUAUCUCGGGCCAGGUGCGGUGGCUCACGCCUGUAAUCCCAACCCUUUGGAAGGCUGAGGCGGGAGGAUCAUGAGGUCAGCAGUUCGAGACCAGCCUGAACAACAUGAUGAAACCCUGUCUUUACUAAAAAUACAAAAAAAAAAAAAAAAAAUUAGCUGGUCGUGGUGGCGGGUGCAUGUAGUCCCAGCGACUUGGGAGGCUGAGGCAGGAGAAUUGCUUGAAACCAGAAGGCAGAGGUUGCAGUGAGCCGAGAUUGUGCCACUGCACUCUAGCCUGGGCAAUAAGAGCAAAACUCCGUCUCAGAAAAAAAAAAAAGAAAGAAAGAAAUCUCCAUGAGAGGACCAGAAAUGGCAGCAGACAUGUAUUUCUCCAACAAAUUGCUGUAUGUUUCUCUUAUUAUUUUGAGUCUGGAGUGUCUCCUGAAGAAAUACAAAGAGACUAACUUCAUGAGUGCAAUUUAACAUAUCUCUAAGAAGUAUCCAUUUGUGUAUAUGGAGAUCAAAACAUUUCUGCUUCUGUCAUGUAUUUUCUGAUUAAAUUUAGAUUCCUCCAUGUGAAAAUGCCCUCCACAUAAUAUACCAUGAGUCUCAGAGAGGCACAAGAGAUAGGGAUAUUGCAAAGAGGCUGCAAUAUCCUUCACGACAGGAUCUCAACUCCAAAUGGAAAAAAAGUGUUCUGCAACCUCCACAAUGUAAAAUGAAAGUUAAUGUAUGGGAAAUAAAGCCUCCUGAUUUUAGCUACAAACUGUAUACAUCUUUGAGAAUUCCAGAAAGAUCAUCAAAACCAAUUAAGGAAGAAAAAAGGAGGAAAAAAAUCAGUUUUCCAGAAACAAUGCUUCACUUGCCCAGCAUAAGGAAUCAUCCUAAGGAGGUCACAGCUCCUAAAUUUAUAACUACAUUUCCACGUCUGGAUUUACAAAAAGCAAAGUUAAUGUUUGUGAAGAGUGGACAAUAUCCAAGGGGUGUAUAUGUCAAUCCCAAACCACAUGACUUUCGACAGUACCAACCUGGUUUACCAAACUUUGAGACAACUUAUGAAAAGGACCCCUUUGGAUUAAAAUUUAAAUCACAACACUUAAGUACAGUACAUGGGUACCAGUUACCGAAAGAUGAUAAACAGAAGAAUACUACAGAAAGAUUUAUCACCCACAAGCAUCGUGAAUGCACCUGGGAUUCAAAACUAAUUUUGACGAAAGCCCCAUGGCCUGUUAGAUCUGCUUCAUAUACAAGACAUAGAAGGCAGCGUGAUGCAUACAGUGCAUUUAUGGAUCGUGUGGAAGAAAAGUUUACAAAGAUAUGCAAGAGCAGAUAGCUGAUGGACCAAAACAGCACAGGGCUUCCUGAACUCUGGCCUGAAUGUUCAUCUCCCAUGCAUUUCCCAGUGAGAACAUUGAUGAAUUCUGGCACCUUCCUGGAUUCUACAGAAAUCUGCACUCUCCCAGAGGCAUGAGAAAGUGCUAAAACAACAAAUGAAAGUUGCAUAAUUUGAAAUUCCCUUGUUACCACAUGGAUCAGAAUCUAAUCAUCAGGCUUUUGAUUUAGUUUGUGAAAGUUAGAUCUUGCAACUAUGAGUGGAAAUGCUGAUAAUGUGCUUUCUGUUAAUGUCCAAAGUUGAAGAGAUGCUCUAGUCUCAGUUUUUUCUAGUACACUUUAAGAAGCUUCUCUGAGACACUCAAGUAUAUCAAAAGAGAGAAGAUCUCCAAGUAAGAGAAAUACUAAAUGUCCUUCUUAAAGAACACCAGGCUUGGAGAAUUUACAGUUCCAACUAGAAGGAAAGAGAUGCGGAACAUGAGGCUGGCUGUGUGUAGUUAAGUAACUUCCUGAAAGUCUCAGAACUAAGGAUGAAAGCAGGAAUUGAAUCAAGAAUGAAGGUGUUCUCUGAAGUUCCCAUAUCUGCCUAAAGUCUCAACUUGCCAAAGAAGAAAACAGUUACCUCUGGUCUCUUCCCUGACUUUCCACAAACUGAACUCAUAUUGCAGAAAGAAAGACUGAAGUCUGUCAACACAAAAGGAGAGCUCUGCAAGGCUUAACAUACUUUGUCUCAGGCCACUGUAUGUUCUUCAAACCCAUUGAAUUCCCCUAAAAAUCAUUUUCUAACCCCCCAAAUCACCCAUACAUCACCCAUCUGCCUUUUCUCUAAUAAGGAGGUACAAUCCUCUGUACCUCAUUGGGAUAUUGGCCAAUCACUCUGUGAUUCUCCCCCAUGCCCGCUGAUAAAUUUGUAUGCCAUUUGUCCUGUUAAUCUGCCUUUUGUGACUUGAUUUUUCAGUGAAACUUCAGAGGGUAGAGGGGAAGUUUUCCCUUGGCCCCUACACUAUGAACUGAGGUAGACAAAAUAAAUUAGUAUGUUUAUAAAGUGGAAUACCAUAUGGUCAGUAAAAACCGGUAGCUCUAUGAGUACUGUGUGUUGAUAGACACACACACACACACACACACACACACACGGGGGGGGGAUUCGAAAAGGUUAUAUGUUACAUUUUCUGUUAAAAAUUUAAAAUAACUACAUUACCUAUAUUCUUGUUGACAAAAUUUGAGUGUCUGGAAAAAUACAUAAGAAACUGGUAAUGUAAUUGCCUUUGGGGAAAGCAACUGGGUGGCAGGGUGAAAUGGAGAUAAUUU